GUUUUGAUAACAUUGUACUGGCUGGGAAGGAAAGCACAAAGCAACCCCUACUAUCAUGGUCCCUGUCUUAAUUUGAAAGCCUUUGAGAAUCUUCUAGGACAAGCUCUGACGAAGGCACUUGAAGACUCCAGUUGCCUGAAGAGAAGUGGCAGGGAUAGUGGCUACGGUGACUUUUGGUCUACUGAACGUGGAGAGUUUACAGGUCCUCCAGGAGGCCAUAAGAGAGAGGAUUCCUUUGAAAGCCUGGAUUCCUUGGGGUCUAGGUCAUUCACAAGCUGCUCCUCUGACAUCACACUGAGGGGGGGACGUGAAGGUUUUGAAAGUGACACAGAUUCUGAAUUUACAUUCAAAAUGCAGGAUUAUAAUAAAGAUGAUAUGUCCUAUCGAAGGAUUUCAGCUAUUGAACCAAAGUCUGCUUUACCAUUCAAUCGUUUUUUACCCAACAAGAGUAGACAGCCAUCCUACAUGCCAGCACCCUUGAGGAAGAAAAAGCCAGACAAAAAUGAGGAUAACCGAAGAAGCUGGGCAAACCCAAGCUACACAGAUGCAGAUGGAGCAUUUCCAAGUAACAAGAAGAGAACUGAGGGCACACACUUGGAAAACUGGCCAUCAGUACACGUAACUUCAAAAUCUGCUUAUUACUUGGAAGUGGAAGAGAAGACAAGUAUACCCAACACUGUGAAGGAUGAUCUUUAUGUGCGAAAGCUAAGUCCAAUUUUGCCAACCACAGGGAAUGCUUUUGAUCAGUUUCUUCCUAAAUGUUGGAUACCAGAAGAUGUGAACUGGAAAAGAAUAAAAAGGGAAACUUAUAAGCCUUGGUAUAAAGAAUUUCAGGGAUUCAGUCAGUUUUUAUUACUCCAGGCCCUCCAAACAUACUCUGAUGACAUCUUGUCUUCCGAAUCAAAUACCAAAAUUGACCCCACUUCUGGCCCAAGGCUCAUCACACGUAGAAAGAAUCUCUCUUACACAUCAGGGUUUAGAAGAGAUGACCCCGAAACGUCAGCCCUGGAUCCUGACUUAGAGAAUGACGAUUUCUUUGUCAGAAAGACUGGGGCUUUCCACGCCAAUCCAUGUGUUCUCCGAGCUUUUGAAGACUUCAGAAGGUUUUCUGAGCAAGAGGAUCCUGUAGAGCGAGACAUAAUUUUGCAGUAUAGAGAAGGUGAACUUGUACUUCCAGAUUUAGAAAAAGAUGAUAUGAUCAUUCGCCGAAUUCCAGCGCAAAAGAAAGAAGUGCCUCUGUCCGGAGCCCCAGACAGAUACCAACCGGUCCCUUUCCCUGAUCCCUGGACCCUUCCGCCAGAAAUUCAAGCCAAGUUUCUCUGUGUACUUGAAAGGACGCACCCACCCAAAGAAAAAGGUAGUAACUGUAGAGUACUGGUCCCCUCCCUUCGGCAGAAGAAGGAUGACAUGUGGACACGAAAGAUCCAGUCUUGGACCCUGGGGACCUCUGUGCCUGCUGUCAGUUUCAUGCCCGGCCCUUGCAGUGAGGCUGACUUUCGCAAGUGGGAGGCCAUCCGGGAGGCCAGCAGGCUUAGGCAUAAGAAACGGCUGAUGGUCGAGAGACUCUUUCAAAAGAUUUAUGGUGAGAAUGGGAGCAAGUCCAUGAGCGAUGUCACUGCUGAGGAUGUGCAGAAUCUGCGUCAGCUGCGUUAUGAGGAGAUGCAGAAAAUUAAAUCGCAACUAACAGAACAAGAUCAGAAGUGGCAAGAUGACCUUGCAAAAUGGAAAAGCCGUCGAAAAAGCUACACUUCAGAUCUGCAGAAGAAAAAAGAAGAGAGGGAAGAAAUGGAAAAGCAGGUGCUAGAGAAGUCUGAGAAGAGCUCUAAGACAUUUAAGGAAAUGCAGCAGGACAGGGACACCCGAAAUCAAAUGUCAUCAGUUACAUCCAGGAGAAGAAUACAUUCCUGUGAUGAUGUAUUGGAUGAAGAAAAUCUUACCCCUACAUUGACUAUGUCAGAAACGAGUGACCAGAGUGAGAGAGUGGAAGAGGAAGAAACAAGUUAUCCCACAAAAGUUCCUGAACCAGAGUUUUCAAGUUUUGCAAAAGAGGAGGGCACUCUGAGAGCUGAAACUCAGCUUCCUUCUCCAAGCCCUGUGGAGGAACAACACUCAGCCCCUUUGUCUUCUCAGCAGUCACAGAGCACACAAAUGGAGUCGACUCGAGUUUCAGCUUCUCUCCCCAGAACUUACCAGAGAACUGAUACAGCCAGGUUAACAUCUGUGGUCACACCGAGACCUUUUGGCACUCAGUCAAGGAGAAUCUCAUCACUCCCGAGAUCCUACACGAUGGAUGAUUCCUGGAAGUACAAUGGCACUUUAGAAAGCAUUAAGAGAUUGCAAAGCAGUGUGGUGGGCACCUCUGUGCAAAAACCUGAGCCAAGCCAGCCUGCCUCCAGCGUGGCCGAGGAUAGAGAGGCAGAAGGAGAGGACAUGCAACGGGAGCCCUCUCCUACUCCUUCCUUCUCAUCUCUUUCCCAUGACCAAGCUGCCACUUCUAAAGCCACACUCUCCUCAACAUCUGGCCUGGAUUUGAUGUCUGAGUCUGGAGCAGGGAGCAGCUCACCCCAGACAGAGGUCUCAUCAUCACAGGAUCAGUUCAGUGAUAUGAGAAUCAGCAUAAACCAGACGCCUGGGAACAGUGUUGACUUUGGGUUUACAGUAAGAUGGGAUUUUCCCCGGAUCUUCGUAGCAUCAGUCCAAGCAGGUAGCCCGGCAGAAUUUUCUCAACUACAGGUAGAUGAUGAAAUUAUUGCUGUUAACAAUACCAAGUUUUCAUGUAAGGACACAAAAGAGUGGGAAGAAACCAUGGCUGAUGCGCAACACACUGGAAACCUAGUCAUGGAUAUCAGACGCCAUGGAAAGUCUGGUUCACCUGAGACAAAGUGGAUUGAUGCAACUUCUGGAGUUUAUAACACUGACAAGUCUUCCAGUCUGUCUAUUUCAACUGAUUUCUCAGAAAGCCUUCAGAAUUCAAAUCCUGAAUCCAAAGAAAUCAAUGGUAUUUGUGAUGAAAGCAGUACUUUUGACUCAAAAGCAUCUGAACCUAUUUCUUUGAAAAACUUAAAAAGGCGAUCACAAUUUUUUGAACAAGGAAGCUCUGAUUCUGUGGGUCCUGAUCUUCCAGUUCCGACUCUCAGUGCUCCCACUCGUCGGGCGUGGGACCAGGAGGAGGAGCGCAGGCGGCAGGAGAAGUGGCAGAAGGAGCAGGAACGCCUGCUGCAGGAAAAAUACCAACGUGAGCAGGAGAAACUGAGGGAGGAGUGGCAGAAGGCUAAACAGGAGGCCGAGCAAGAGAAUUCCAAGUACUUGAGUGAGGAGCUGAUGGACCUAAACUCAAACAGCAUUUCUCUGACCACACGGGAGUCCACUGUCAGCACGUGGGAAGUCGCCUGGACGGAAGGGUGCAAGUCUUCUGACACAGAAGGAACCCGAGCAGGAGAAGUAGACGGGAGUCUGCAGCAAGAGGACCGUGUGCGUGAGGAUCAAAACCAGAUGCUUCAGGCACAAGUCAUUCUUGAGAAAGAGAGGAAACUGAAGGAGGAACAACAGCUUCGGGAAGAGCAGGAGCUGCAGCGGCGCCAGGCAGAGGCAGAGGCUGAGGCUGAGGAGCAGAAGCGCCGCGCUGAGGAGCAGAAGCGCCGUGUGGAGAGAGAGAAAGAGACUUCGGUCAGGAUAUACCAGUAUAGAAGGCCUGUUGAUUCCUAUGAUAUACCCAAGAGAGAGGAAGACUCUUCAGGUUUGCUUGCUAGUGACAGGAAUAAAUCCAGAUCCACUACUGAGCUUGAUGAUUAUUCCACAAAUAAAAAUGGAAGCAACAGGUAUUUAGACCGAGCUGGGAAUACUGGUUCAUUACAGAGGAGUCCCAAGAGGGAGCAGUUCUCCUCAGGCGCAGAAUGGGAGAGACAGCAAAUCCUUCAAGAAAUGAGGAAGAGGACAUCGCUUCACACUGACAGCAGCUGGAUCCGACAGCGCAGCUCCAGUGUCGUAAAUAAAGAGCCUAUUUGCCUGCCUGGAAUUAUGAGAAGAGGUGAAUCUCUAGAUAACCUGGACUCCCCCAAGUCCAGUUCUUGGAGGCAAUCUGCUUGGCUCAACCAGCCGACUGCCAUCUACGCUUCCUCCUCUGUUCAAGACUUCAGCCGCCCGCCUGCUCAGGUGUCCACCUCAAACCGUGCCUACAUGCGCAACCCGCCCUCCAGUGUCCCCCCUUUUUCAGCGGGCUCUGUCAAGACCUCCUCUGCCCCUUCCCCCACACCACGCAGCCAUUCCCCCACAUCUGCACAGCCUGGCUCCCAGCUGCGGAACAGGUCAGUCAGUGGGAAGCGCGUGUGCUCCUACUGCAAUAACAUUCUGGGCAAAGGAGCCGCCAUGAUCAUCGAGUCCCUGGGUCUUUGUUAUCAUUUGCAUUGCUUUAAGUGUGUUGCCUGUGGGUGUGACCUCGGAGGGUCUUCCUCAGGAGCAGAAGUCAGAAUCCGAAACAACCAACUGUACUGCAAUGACUGCUAUCUCAGAUUCAAAUCUGGACGGCCAACCGCCAUGUGAUGUAAGCGCCCAAACCAAAGCCCUGUUGCAGAUAGAAGAGGAGGUGGUUGCUGCUGAUGUAGAUCUAUAAA